GGGAAAGCCCCUCCGAUUCUUAAGUCAGCGAAUGUACUUUCUAGAGAGAGAAAGUAGAGAGAUAAAGAGUACUUUAGAGAGAGAAAGUAAGGAGAUAAGGUUAGAGAAUUAGGAAAAAGUUACCAUCAUUAUUGAUUAGAGAGCUAUUUAUAGAUGUACUUUAAGGUGGCAUGAGUUGUACUUAAUUGGACAGAUUAAGUAUAAAUUUGUACUUUACUCUGACUAAUGAUGGGCUGGAUCAUGAAGGGGUAUUUUUGUAGUUCCAAGUCAAUGGGCUUUGGACAAUGGACUUGGCCCAAACAGGAAGAAAUAAAUUUUACAAGUAUUUUUUUUUUUUUUUUUUUGUUUCUCUAGUAUCAAUUGUUUGAACAAAUUCCAAUUUCCAAUCUUACUCCUCUUAUCGGAAAAUAAUCUUGCCUAUUUAGGUGAUUAAAUUACAAGUACAGCAGUAUUUUACAAAUUUACAGUCCCAUAAUUAAACCAUUAGCAAAAGCAGUGAGUAUGAUGUAAGAAAAUUAGCAGCAAAAACCUUGUGUGAUGUGUAGUAUCUCUCCCAACUUUUGGUAAGAUGGAUUUUAGCAGUUGAGAAUAAAUCUUUAUUUUGUGUAGUCGUUUUUAGCAUCAGUUGUGCACAGUAAACAGUACACAGUACUAUUCCUAUUUUUGAUCAAUUUUACAUUACUUGUUUCUACUUAUAUCCUCUUCUUCUUACGCUACCAUUUUUCAGACUUUCAUAAUUUUUUCUUCUUCUUUCUCUCUCCUCCCCCAAAUUUUGGCACUGAUUAACAACAUUUCACAUGUUUACUUGUUCCUAUAAAUAUACCUCUUUUUUCCACUUUCCAAAAUUGCUUUAAAUUUGUUCUUAAUUUUACCCUUCUUCAAGCGUUCAUUUCUACCACCUUUUUUUUUCUUUCUUCCUCUGUUAAGGAAUGGUUGGCCGUUUGAUCGUUCUUGUAUUUCUCACAUUGUCAAUAAUUUUCUCGACGACUAUUGAAGGUAGAAAGCUUCUUACGGCAACAAAUGACAACAACAACUCAAUCUCUAGUCUUUCCAAGAGAUCAAAAGAAGCGGCGGCGGAGGUGGCGGCAGCGUUACGAGGGCGAGAGAUAGGAUCAAGGCCACCAAGAUGUGAAGGAAGGUGUAAAUCGUGCGGGCAUUGUGAAGCAGUUCAAGUGCCAACUACCAUUUCGAUUUCGGUUUCCAAUAUUGAGUAUAAACCUAUCACUUGGAAAUGCAAAUGUGGCAGCUCUGUCUUCAAUCCUUAAUUACUUAUUACUAAUUGUAACUUAAUUUAUUCACUAGCUUUAUCUGUCUUAUUUUUUGUUACCAUAAAAGUAUAAACCUAUAAAAGUUUGGUAUAUAUGUAUGUAAUUAAGAGGAUAACAUUAUAACUAUUAUCCUA